GAUGGGAUAGUCCUGGACCGCAUCGCCUCUUUGUCAGUCGACAUGUUUAACCCCAGUGACUUCACCGGGAGGUUUUCAAAGAUCCAGUCCAGAUGCAAAAAGCGGUCAAGGAUCAUUAGAGCUUCUCCAGUGGGAUUGAAGCCCCCAAUCCCACCAGCCAGUGCAACGUUGGGAGAGAGGAAGGGUCCAGUCGUCAUGGCUCCUGUCAACGUGGACCCUGAGAGCAAGCCGGGCGAGUUUGUCCUAAAAAGCCUGUUUGCCAACUUCACCUUGCUCUCGGAACGCAAGAUUCGCAUUAUCAUGGCAGAGCCGCUGGAGAAACCACUUAACAAAUCUCUGCAGAGAGGAGAAGACCCGCAGUUUGACCAGCUAAUCAGCACUAUGAGCUCGCUAGCUGAGUACUGCCUGCCGUCCAUCUUAAAGACUCUGUUCGAUUGGUACAAGAGGCAGAACGGUCUUGAGGAUGAGUCCCACGAGUACCGACCCAGAGCCAACACCAAGUCCAAAAAUGAUGAGCAGCAAAAAGACUACUUACUGGAGCGGAGGGAUCUGGCUAUAGACUUCAUUUUUUCUCUAGUGCUUAUAGAAGUUUUGAAACAGAUCCCUCUUCAUCCUCUUUUGGAUGGACUCAUUCAAGAAGUUGUAAACCUCGCCUUUAAGCAUUUCAAAUACAAGGAGGGGUAUCUGGGGCCAAACACAGGCAACAUGCACAUUGUGGCUGACCUCUAUGCUGAGGUGGUUGGAGUUGUAGCUCAGUCCAGGUUCCCAGCUGUGAGGAAGAAGUUCAUCUCUGAGCUCAAAGAGCUGAAACAGAAGGAGCAGAGCCCGUAUGUUAUCCAGUCCACCAUCAGCCUCAUUAUGGGACUCAAGUUUUUUCGUAUCAAAAUGUACCCAGUGGAAGAUUUUGAGGCCUCCUUCCAGUUCAUGCAGGAGUGUGCACAGUAUUUCUUGGAAGUGAAGGAUAAAGACAUUAAACACUCAUUAGCUGGACUCUUUGUUGAAAUACUCGUACCAGUGGCUGCUACCGUGAAGAAUGAGGUGAACGUCCCAUGUCUGCGAAACUUUGUAGAGAGUUUGUACGACACCACUCUGGACCUGUCCUCCAGGAAGAAACACUCUCUGGCUCUGUACCCUCUGGUGACGUGCCUGCUGUGCGUCAGUCAGAAGCAGUUCUUCCUCAGCCGGUGGCACAUUUUUCUAAACAACUGCCUCUCAAACCUCAAGAACAAAGAUCCAAAGAUGGCACGUGUGGCACUAGAAUCACUCUACCGCCUGCUGUGGGUCUACAUGAUCCGUAUAAAGUGUGAGAGCAACACGGCAACACAGAGCCGUCUGACGUCCAUCACCUCCACAUUGUUUCCCAAAGGGAGUAGAAGUGUUGUGCCCAGAGACAUGCCCCUUAAUAUUUUUGUCAAGAUCAUCCAGUUUAUUGCUCAGGAGAGACUGGAUUUUGCCAUGAAGGAAAUCAUAUUUGAUCUGUUAAGUGUGGGGAAGCCCGCCAAAGCCUUCAGUCUCAACCCAGAGCGUAUGAACAUUGGUCUGCGUGCGUUCCUGGUGAUAGCAGAUGCUCUACAGCAAAAGGAUGGAGAACCCCCCAUGCCCAACACAGGAGCAACUCUGCCUUCGGGAAACUCUUUGAAAAAAAAGAAAACAUAUCUCAGCAAGACUCUUACUGAAGAGGAAGCCAAACUAAUAGGCAUGUCUCUGUACUACUCCCAGGUGCGCAAGUCUCUGGAUAACAUCCUCAGACACUUAGACAAAGAGGUGGGCCGAUGCAUGAUGCUUACCUGUGCCCAGAUGCUCAACAAAGAACCAGAGGACAUGAUCACUGGAGAAAGGAAGCCUAAAAUUGAUCUGUUCAGGACAUGUGUUGCUGCCAUUCCUCGUAUUCUACCUGACAGCAUGUCCAAGCCUGAGCUCAUCGACCUGCUUUCACGACUUACAGUGCACAUGGACGAUGAGCUUCGUCUCAUUUCCCAGAACUCCCUGCAGAGCCUGUUACUUGAUUUCUCAGACUGGAGGGAAGACGUCUUGUUUGGAUACACACAUUUUCUGUUACGUGAGGUCCAAGAUACUCAUCAGGGUCUGCAAGAUGCCUCUGUGAAGCUCCUUCUCCAGCUGCUAGGACAGUGGAGGUUAGCGCUGCAGCUCCAGGGGAAGAUGCGAGGUGGAGUUGAGACCAGCCCACGGCUGCCAGAGCGAAGCCCUCAUUGCUCUGUGCUCCAUGCCGUUGAAGGACUGGCCCUGCUGCUGCUCUGCUCAUGUCAGAUCAGCACGAGGAAGCUGGCAGUUGGUGUAUUGAGAGAAAUACGCUGCCUCUUCACAGCUUUGGGACAUGCUGAGGACGAUGACAAACCCAUGAUAGAGGUCAUGGACCAGCUGAGCCCUGCUGUGAUGGACAGCUUUGUUCAUGUAGCAGUUUCUGACUCGUCCACGUUGCCCCUCAGCCACCACGUUGACCUCCAGUGGUUGGUGGAGUGGACCGCUCGACUGAUGAGCAGCUCAUAUGACGUAAAGAGCCCGAGCCACGUCUGGAUCUUUGCGCAGUGCGUAAAGGACCCAUGGGUGCUCUGUCUGCACAUCUUCCUGCGACAAGAGCACCUACCCAAACACUGCUCCACUGCUCUGGGAUAUGCCUGGCCCUACGUCUUCACACGGCUACAGUUGCUGCUGCCUCUCGUGGACCCCAACAGUCCAGUGAAUGCAAAGAAGACCAGCACGGCAGGUUCCAACGACAACUACAUUUCUCUCUGGCGUAAUUAUCUGAUCCUGUGUCUGGGUGUGGCCAAGCCCAGCAUCAUGUCGCCUGGCCACCUCAGGGCCUCCACACCUGAAAUCACCGCAACCACACCUGAUGGCAGCAUCACUUACGACAACAAGGUGAUUGGCACUCCUUCUGUGGCCUGGCUAUUAAAACAACUUGUCCCGCUCAUGAGAGCUGAGAGCCUGGAGAUCACAGAGUCUCUUCUGUUGGGGUUUGGAUGCACAAAUGCUCUGGUCUUCAGGGAGUUGGUUGAAGAGCUCCAUCCACUGAUGAAGGAAGCGCUGGAACGGCGGCCUGAGAAUAAAAAGCGGAGAGAGAGGAGGGAUCUUCUCAGGCUGCAGCUGCUGAGGAUAUUUGAACUGUUGGCUAACGCAGGCGUUAUCAGUGACAGCACCAACGGGGCUCUGGAGCGUGACUCCCUGGCACUGGGUGCUUUGUUCCUAGAAUACGUGGAUCUGACCCGGAUGCUUCUAGAGGCAGAAAAUGAGAAGGAGCUGGAUGUGCUUAAAGACAUCAGAGCUCAUUUCAGUGGAAUGGUGGCAAAUCUCAUCCAGUGUAUUCCUGUUCAGAACAGGCGCUUCCUCUUCCCCCAGCAGUCUCUUAGACAUCAUCUUUUCAUCCUCUUCAGCCAGUGGGCCGGACCCUUCAGUGUUAUGUUCACUCCUCUGGAUCGUUACAGUGAUCGUAACCAUCAGAUCACUCGCUAUCAGUACUGUGCUCUGAAGGCCAUGUCAGCUGUUUUGUGUUGUGGUCCGGUUUUUGACAAUGUGGGCCUCUCUACCGAUGGUUAUCUCUACAAAUGGCUUGACAACAUUCUGGCCUGUCAUGACUUACGGGUGCACCGUCUAGGAUGUGAGGUGAUCAUUCUGCUUUUAGAACUGAAUCCAGACCAGAUUAAUCUGUUCAACUGGGCUGUGGAUCGCUGCUUCACCGGAUCUCACCAACUGGCAUCUGGCUGCUUCAAGGCCAUUGCUACAGUCUGUGGCAACAGAAAUUACCCAUUCGACCUGGUGACUUUGCUGAAUCUUGUGCUGUUUAAGGCCUCAGACUGCAACCGAGAAAUAUAUGAAAUCUCUAUGCAGCUGAUGCAGGUGCUGGAGACCAGACUUUGUGCAUACUCUAAGAGGAUGGUGGAGCAGAAGCCGGGGAAUAUUUUGUACGGAACACACGGCCCCAUGCCUCCACUGUACAGCGUCAACCUAUCUCAGCUCUCCAUCCAGCUCGCCAGCAUGUACCCAGAGCUGACGUUGCCUCUGUUCUCAGAGGUGAGUCAGCGUUUCCCAACCACCCAUCCCAACGGCAGACAGAUUAUGCUCUCCUACCUGCUACCCUGGCUCAGUAACAUAGAACUGGUGGACACUGGCCUCCUACCCCCAGCCUCCAGUCCCUGCACUCCUGAGGAAGACACCCGCAGUCAGGCGCAGGGCAUGUCCCCCAGUCUGAGAGGAAACGGCUGGGGGUCCUUGCAGGCGACCUCUUUGGUGCUCAACAACCUCAUGUUCAUGACUGCUAAGUAUGGAGAUGAGGUUCCUGGACCAGAGAUUGAAAAUGCCUGGAAUGCUCUGGUGUCCAACGAGCGGUGGGGCAACAACUUGCGAAUCGCCCUGCAGUUCCUGAUCAGCCUGUGUGGCGUCAGCAGUGACACCACGUUAUUACCUUAUAUUAAAAAGGUGGUGAUCUACUUGUGUCGCAACAACACCAUUCAAACUAUGGAAGAGCUUCUGUUUGAGCUGCAGCAGACGGACCCGGUCAACCCUGUGGUUUUACACUGUGAUAAUCCUCCCUUUUAUCGUUUUGCUGCCAGCAACAAAGGCUCCACCUCUCAGACAGGCACCACCUCCAGCAGUAACACUGUGGUGGCUGGACAGGACAACCUGCCAGACACAGAUGAGAACAAGCUGGUCAGAGAGAAUGAAGAUCGGUUCAGGGCUCACAACAGGCUGGAGUCUCGCUACAGCAACAGCUCCGGAGGCUCCUACGAAGAUGAAAAGACUGAUCCUCUCCCACCAUAUGCUGGAUGGCUACUGAGUGUUCUUGAGACCAACCGUCCUCAGCCGCUACCCAUGCCUAUUAACGGAGGCUGCUGGGCACCGCUGGUCGACUACCUUCCUGAGACCAUCACACCUCGAGGGCCUCUGCAUAGGUGCAACAUUGCUGUCAUUUUUAUGACUGAGAUGGUGGUGGACCACAGCGUGAGAGAGGACUGGGCUUUGCACUUGCCCCUGCUGCUACAUGCCCUCUUCUUGGGUCUGGACCACUACAGACCAGAAGUUUAUGAACACAGCAAAUGUCUCCUUCUCCACCUCCUUAUUGCUCUCUCCUGCAACAACAACUUCCAGGUAAUAGCCUCGGUCCUAAUGCUGACGAGGGAGAUCAAGGAUAAUAAAACCCUCACCAUUAAGUCCAGUUACCACACAGAGUACCAGCAGUCCCAAGCACCCGACUUUCUGCGAGAGUGGCAGGCAUCUCCUGUAGUGGACUCAGGACUCAGCUCCACCUCCAACUCGUCCUCUGCUAGUCUUGGCGGCGGCAGCACUGCAGGCAGUGUUGGGCAUUUGCCCCUUGUGACACCUGAUGACCUGGAGGAUCUUGAAGAUGCGUCCAACGAGACAGAUGAGAAGACAAACAAACUUAUUGAGUUUCUGUCCACCAGAGCUUUUGGGCCACUGUGGGCACAUGAAGACAUCACACCGAAGAACCCCAACUCGAAAAGCACGGAGCAGCUUUCCAACUUCUUGCGGCACGUUGUUUCUGUCUUCAAGGAGUCCAAGUCGGAUUUCCACCUGGAGCAACAGCUGAGUGACGUGGCCCUACAGACCGCGCUGUGCAGCUCCUCACGCCACUACGCUGGACGCUCUUUCCAGAUCUUCAGGGCCCUCAAACAGCCGAUCAACAACCACGCCGUCUCUGACCUGGUCUCACGUCUGGUUGAGGUGGUAGGUGAACACGGAGAUGAGGUGCAGGGCUAUGUGAUGGAGGUGCUGCUGACUCUUGAGUCUGUAGUGGUGAAUCUAGCAGAGUGUAUGAAAAACAGUGACCUUAUGGCUGCACUUACAAGGACGUCCUCACCAGACUUUUUGACAAGUGACAAACUGAUGAACAGAAAGAGCACAGGUCAGCUGAAUUUUCCCGGCCCCGGGUUUGCUGGUCUGUCGUCACAACGUCACCAGCGCUCCUAUUCUGUCCCCAAGAAAUUUGGUGAGUGCGGCAACCUGUUGAGUGACCCUCCACGCAGUGCAACUCUGGAUCGAAUACAGGCAAGAAACUAGGAAUCCCCAGGGUCCUGCACGUCAUCCACCAACCGUAUCGAUCCCAGCGUGUUGUCAGAUCCUUCGCACGUUUCCCAUCCUUACUCAAUACUGGCCACGGUCUUCUGGGUGGCCGUAUCGCUCAUGGAGUCCGACUUUGAGUUUGAAUAUCAGAUGUCGCUUCGCCUUGUUCACAAACUGCUGUCAAAGGUGCCCUUGGACAGAGCAGAGAACCGAGCGCGACUGGAGAAGCUUCAAGCUCAGCUGAGAUGGAGCGGCUUCUCUGGCAUUCAGCAGCUUCUGUUAAAGGGUUUUACCUCGCAGACGACCUUUGACCUGACCUUACAACUCUUCUGCCAGCUCACACCGGUUUCCCGUGUGACUGUUGUGGACAGCUCUCAGUCCAUAGGUUUCCCUCUAAAUGUUUUGUGUCUGCUGCCUCACUUGGUGCAAAACUUCAGCCAUCCAACACAGUUCUGUAAGGAAAGUGCUGAGAGGAUCGCACAGGUGUGUUUGGAGGAGAAGAACACCAAGCUGUCCCAUCUGGCGCAUGUGAUGACUCUCUAUAAGACACGUUCGUAUACACGGGACCCUUUCUCCUGGGUCAGCGUGGUGUGUCGCUACCUCCAUGAAGCUUUUUCUGACAUUACACUCAACAUGGUCACUUAUAUGGCUGAGCUGCUGGAUAAAGGCAUCCCCAAUAUGCAGCUGCCUCUCCUUCAGAUCAUCUACUGUCUGCUGAGCCACAUGGACCUGACGGCUGUACAAGUCAAACAGUUCAAUGCUGACGUCAUGAAGACGAUUGAGAAGUUUGUCCAUACCAUACACUGGAAGGAUGCUUUAAACAUCUUAAAGUUGGUUGUAUCACGCUCGGCCAGUUUAGUACAUCCAGCGUACAGCCACACACAAGGAGACCUUUCCAACUUGGAGGUUAGCAGAGUAUGGGAUGGUUCAGCCAAAGCUCUGCCUGGGAAAACCCUGGAUUUCACCUUUGACAUCUCUGAGACACCUGUUAUUGGGCGUCGAUUUGAUGGACUCCAGGGUUCAGGAGGCAGAGAGGGGAAGGCCAGAGCCAUGGCUGUCACACGAAGCGCUUCCUCCACCUCCUCUGGGUCAAAUUCCAACACCAUUCUGGUGCCUGUUAGCUGGAGGCGCCCUCAAUUAUCUCAGAAAAGAACCAGGGAGAAGCUGGUAAACGUAUUGUCUCUUUGUGGACAAGAAGUUGGACUCACAAAGAAUCCAUCUGUGAUUUUCUCAUCCUGUGGCGACUUGGAUAUGAUGGAGGUCCGGGAGAGCGGCGUCUCAUCAGAGGAGGGUGGAACCAGAGAGGACACGUUCGAUGACACCGCCAGUGAGCAGCAGUUCAGGGUUUUCCGAGACUUUGACUUCCUGGAUGUGGAGCUGGAGGACGGAGAGGGCGAGAGCAUUGAUAACUUCAACUGGGGAGUCCGUCGGCGAUCCCUGGACAGCACAGAACUGGGGGACCUGCUGGAGGAGAGCCAGCACUCAGGCAGCACUCCCAGUUUGGGUCAUGAGGACCCUCAUGAUUCAGACGAGUCCUCUGAGGAAGAGGAGUCCUCAACCAGCCAGAGCCUCUCUCAUUCUCAGCUAACUAACCUUUCCCCGUCGGAGGAAACCAACCACACCGAUUCUCUGUCUACUUCUUAUGACACAUCUGCUGACCCUCAGUCCCUUAACGCCACCACGCCAGGCCAGGGAGCGCUCACCGAGGAUCACAGCGGCCUAACUACGAGGGCGUGUGGUGAUGAUGAGGAUACUCAGGCUCAGGACGACGAACUCUCUUUGAGCACCAACGAUCUUCCUCAAGGUUCAGACGGUGGCGAGAGCUUCACUCUGGAGUUAUCAGGGCAACCUCAAGACCAGUUACAAAGUCGAGACCGCGGUCUUAACCCAAACUACUGCCACCCCCCGCUGGACUUUCUAGACCCAAACUACCUGCCCAGCUUACGUGGUGAUGUAGAUGAUUUGGAAGACCUUGGGUUCCCUCCUCCCCCUUCUCCCUUUUUCUCCGCCAUUUUGGCAGCGUUCCAGCCUGUAGUGUGUGACGAUGCUGAGGAGGCAUGGCGUUGUCAUGUCAACCAGCUGGUGACUGACUUGGAUGGCUCCUGUGCUGUUUAUACUUUUCAAGUCUUCUCCUCGCUCUUUAAGAACAUUCAGGGUAAAUUCUGUACCUUGACAAACGAUGUUGCCGCCUACCUUGGUGAGGGACUAAGAGGCAUUGGAUCAAAGUUUCUCAGAUCAUCACGGAUGCUGACCACAUGCUCAGACUGUCCUACAAUCUACAUCGAUGCUGACACGAUCAUGUCUUAUGGGCUCCUUGAAAAGAUGAAGUUCAGUGCACUGGAGCUGCAGGAGUACCUGGACACAUACAACAGCAGAGAGGAGGCAGCUGUAGCGUGGCUGAGGAACUGCAGGGACACAUUCCCCAGGUGUCCCGGGGACAGUGUGGUGACCUGCCAACCUGGAGACUCAGAGGAGAAGCAAAUGGAGUCUCUUGCACAACUGGAGCUUUGUCAGAGGCUCUACAAGCUGCACUUCCAGCUCCUGCUGCUGUUCCAGUCGUACUGUUCUCUCAUCGGUCAAGUUCACGCCAUCAGCUCUGUGCCUGAGCUGCUGAACAUGUCUCGAGAGCUCACUGAUCUGAAGACCAGCCUGCAGGCAGCAGAGGCAGCUGUCACCAGCGACUUGGAGCACAAAGACUUGGCCCACACACACGCCACCCAGGUGGCAGCCGUGGUCGUGCCUGCCUUCAACAACUCCGAGGCGGCUGUGCAGGCCAUUUUGGAGUGCCUUAGGAACCACGAGUUCGCCAAAGCUGUGCGCUACAUCCAGGAGUGCAGGAGGCAGUGGCCCUGCGAGGUGUUUGGUGGCAGCUCAGAGAGCGAGGUCCAGACGCUGCUCAAUAUCUAUUUCCGUCACCAGACUCUGGGUCAGACGGGCACCAUCGCCCUGGUGGGGUCCCGACUGGACCUGAGCCUGAUCUGCUCCAAGCUGCUGGAGCUUAACGGGGAGAUCCGGGACAUGAUCCGCCGCGCCCAGGGUUACCGGGUCGUCACAACCUACCUCCCCGACUCCAGCGCCUCCGGGACCAGCCUCUGACAGGACCUCAGGAGCCCCCCGCCUCCUCCUCCACCUCCUCCCCCGUCUCGACCUGCCCCGUCCAUUCAGCUGCUGACCCUCCCAAAAACACCUCCUCACCCCUCUCUGUCAUUUCAGCCUGCUUUUACAGAGGGGCCACAGAAUCCACACACGUGGCCCCUUCCCCCUCUGGUGGGUCUCCUGCCCCAGUCCUCCAAACAGAUACCACCUCACUUCGCCAUUCAGAACCAGAACCGUAUUUAGACAAUGACCCAGACCUUCCCUUGCUCUCACUCUCAUCCAGUGUAAACUCUGACGUCUCUCUGCUCCAUGUCUCUAACCCCCCAGACCCGUUUUCAUCACAUAGACGCUCAAACACUUCAAGGCAACUAGAUUUUAAUCUGCCGCACACAAGACAGCCACGAAGGGCUCAUCUUAACGAGAACUCUAGCUUUUAUUGUCCUUUCAGAGCGCACUCUUCUCAUAUCUCCACAUCAUCACGUAACUCGCUGCCCACCGUCGCCUCAGAGCCCACCUUACAUUCACACCCCUCCAUUAUGCCUCAGGGCUCACAGUUGCCCCAUUUCCCAAAUGCACAGUCAGUUCUGCAGCCAGCUGCAUCUUCAUCUCUCUCCCCUCCUCCAGCUCCUC